UCUGCAUGGAGCCAUGUCUGUGUGUGGGUGUAUGAGAAGAUAAGUCCUCCUUUAGUGCUGCGGUGCCUGGAGCCGGGGGCUGGGUGAGGACAGUCAUCGCUUUGUCUUGCAAGAGCUGAAGAGUCCGGGUGUCUCCAUCUCCUGCUGCCAGACCUCCAGAUACUUUUGACUGGGAAAAAGAAUGCAGUAAUUUCUGUGGGUUCUCCAGGCAGGGAGGCUGGAAUAAAGAAAGAUGCCAGCUUUGGAGCUGGGGAGACAGACGGAUCGCACCACUGUCCUUGGGUUAUUCCUCGCUGCUGCUGUUGUGGCUGUCCAGAGUGUCUGCAAUGUUCCGCCACGUUUCCCAUCUGCAGAACUCAAAGAGGAAUACCAAGGCAUUACCUCAUUUUCCCAUAAUUCAAAGGUGGAAUACGUCUGUCGUCCAGGUUACGUUAGAAAUGUUAAUGCCCGAAACAUCCUUAUUUGUGGAAGGAACAGUAGGUGGUACGGCACAGAACAGGAUAUCUGCAUACCAAAACUGUGUGCCUACCCUGGGGAGCCGGCCAACGGCAGACUUGUCCCAGCAGAAAAGUUCAGUUUUGGUUCAACAGCGAGCUUCACCUGCAACACUGGGUACAGACUGGUUGGAAAUGCUCAAAUUCAAUGUGUGAUUAAAAAUGGGGUUGUUACAUGGGACAGAGAUAUUCCCAUCUGUGAGCCAAUACCAUGUUUACCACCUCCACAAAUAGCUAAUGGAGAGCACAGCGAAGCUGACAAAGAGCUCUUUGAAUACGGAGCAUCUGUCACUUACUGGUGCCACACUGUCAGAAGGGGAGAGACACCUUUCUCACUGGUGGGAGAUGCCUCUAUUUUCUGUACAACCACAGAUAACAUAAACGGUGUCUGGAACAAGCCAGCCCCAGAGUGCAAAGUGAUUAACUGUGAGUUUCCGAGCGUGAAGAACGGGAAGCUGCUGAGCGGGUACCGGCACGAGUACACCUACAGAGACACCGUCAUGUUCGACUGCAACUUCCGCUACACCAUGAACGGCAGCGAAACAUCCACGUGCAAAGAAAACGGCCUCUGGGACCCUCCGCUGCCGCUCUGUCAGCUCAGUAGCUGUGAUGAUCCUCCAGAUGUGCAUAAUGCUUUUAAAGCAAAACUUGCUGGAAAUCUGUUUCCUGUGGAUACUAUCAUCACCUACGAGUGCAAGGAGGGCCAUCAGUUCAGCCCGGGAGAAAAUACGCGGCACAUUAAGUGUCUGCCGGAUUUUACAUGGUCUGAAACUCCACAUCCUUGCGAAAGAAUUCAUUGCCCAAAUCCAGAUGUCAGGAAUGGAAAGCUCUUACAUGCAUGGAGAGAAAAAAACUAUUAUGCGUAUGGAGACAGACUGGAAAUUAUGUGUAAUGAUGGCUAUGCUUUCAAAGGUCAUGGCAAUAGCAUUGUCCUUCAGUGUUCAAUUGACGGUAGAUGGGAUCCAGAAGUACUAGAGUGCACUCAAGAACAUCAUUGCCCAAGGCCAGAUACUGCUCAUGGAAGAGAGGUUUACAGAAGCAGAAAUGACUACGCAGUUGGGACCCAAGUGAGGCUGGAAUGUGACACGGGCUACGUCCUCAGGGGCCGGGACUUGACCGAGUGUCAGGAUAAUGGGAGCUGGGCUCCCCCAUUACCGUUUUGUGAUAAAGUCUGUGACCCCCCUCCGCAAAUCAUCAACGGGCAGCACUCUGGCUUGAGAACGGAGCAGUUUCCCUACGGCGCAGAGGUGACGUACAGCUGUGCGGAGGGUCUGUCCCUCAUUGGGGACGCCUCCAUCUACUGCACCUCCGACGACGGGGUGAACCUGGCGUGGAGCGGACCUGCCCCGGAGUGCAGGGUGGUUCGGUGCCCCAAGCCCACGGUCGAGAGGGGAAGGAUGACUCCGCAGAGGUUCACGUUUCCCUACGGGGUGGCCGUGCGGUUCUCCUGCGACGAAGGCUUCGUGCUGCACGGCGAUGCUGAGAGCCGGUGCCUGGCCGACGGCGCCUGGCACCCUCCCCUGCCCACCUGCCAGCCAGUUCAGUGUUCCCAACCCUCAAGACAGGAGAUGCUAGUGAUUUCCCCUGUUAAAUUAUGGUACGAGGUGAAUGAAACUCUGUUGUUCUAUUGCGGACGUAAUAGCCGUUCAGCAGUAAACUCAAAAUCUACCUGCUCAGCUAAGGGCACUUGGAUACCACCACCCACAUGUAAAAAGCGUGAUACGUGUGAGAAGAUUCUUCAAAAUAGUGAAGCUUUCCAGUGUGGAGUUCCUCUGACAGAACUGAAAACUCUGCUGGAAGUCCAGAAACUGUACCUGGAGAUCCAGAAACUUGAAAGGGAGCUAAAAAGCACAGCAUACGGCUGACUGUCAUCACUGGUAUCAUAAAAACCGUCCUCUUUGUGUGUUGAAUAAUCAUGCUGACUGAGGAUUUUUUAUGACUUCGUAAUUUGUGCUAAUACUUAAGUAGCCAGAACAAAAUUUACCAAUCAGCUAAGGAACAGAUUUGGUCAUAUGGGGAGUCAGAAAGUGACUUCUGGCUCCUUCUGUCAGACCUCCCUGGGUUAGGUUUGUACAUCCCUUUAUACAUUUCAAAGCUUUGCAUUUAGAUAUGUUUGUUAUACUGACAAGUGCACAGUUUAGAAAGGAACUGAGUGGAAAGUAAACCUUUGUUGGAGCCGAGCAGAGGCCAUACAGACAGGCAUGAACAUGGUAAGAGCCACUGACCCGCACUCACCCCACAGCUGCUGCACCUCUUCAGCUGCAAUCCAGUGUAGCCCAUUGCUACUCUGUUCAUAUAUGUUGCAUUCGUUAUUGUGAACAAGCACUUAACUGCCUGAUUAGCUGUGACCUUCAGUGCAGGCACAAUGAAGAAAACUUCAAAGCCUGUCUUCCAGCAAAACAAAAAUGCCAGGUUUUCUUCCCAAGCAGGACAGAUGUAUCUGAGGCCACGGCGGUGCCGCUCGCUGCAUUUUUGUGUGUGCACCAAGAGCAGUUGUUGGAAAUGAAAGUGUAAGAAAAAAAAGGCUGAAUUUUUUCUGCAACAUCCAGUAAAAGGGAAGCGCUCUGUUAGCAUGCAUCUUGUGAUCGGGCCAGUAAUCCUCCUCCAUGAGAUCAUAAUAAAGCUGCAAUUGUAAUGACA